AUGGACGAUGAAUUAAUAGUAAAUGAAAUUGUAGGAGUUUUUUCAACAUGUUUCGAGGACAUCGGCUGCGUGGAUUUUAACGAGAAAUGGUACGACGAGAAGUACAGGCCGAGGAAUCUGGAUCCCUUAGAUCGUCACACCAUUCGCACGGAAUUCCUCCUCAUGAAGAACCCCAAAAAUGAAUCUACAGAGUUGGUUUACGACGUGAUGUCCUUGAAGAAGGAAACGGUAGAGGUGGCUGGUUUCAGAAAGGGUACUUGCACAAUCUUCAUCAUCCACGAUUUUACGAGCAACGGUUACACUGGGUGGAUCAAACACAUCGUAGUGGCUUUGAGUAGAAAAACCGAUUGCAAUGUAAUCUCCAUAGAUUGGCAGGCCGGAGCUGAACCGCCUCUAGAACAAGCCCUUUCCAAUGCAAGAGUUGUGGCGCUUGAAGCCAAAAUGUUCAUCACCAUGUUAAAAGAAUGUUUCAAUCAAUCACCUGAAACUUUACAUGUAAUUGGUCAUGGGGUUGGCUCUCACAUUGCUGGUUACAUCGGUAAGAGCAUAUGCGGACUUCAAAGAAUUACAGCGUUAGAUCCAACUGGACCAUUCUUUGCUCAUAUGCCGAAGGAAGUGCGUUUAGAUGCCGACGAUGCUAGAUACGUGGAAGUCCUUCAUACCGAUCAUUUCAAUCAUAGAAGUCAAGGAAGUAAAUUUCCUUUUGGUCACGCCAAUUUCCUCAUCAAUGACGCUUUGCAUCAACCAGGCUGCAACGAUUCCUCUCACAUGCCAUCCUUUGUAGAUUUGCGACGAGAUUCUUUGCAAGAAGGAAAAAUUCUACCAGCGUGCAGUCACAAAAGAAGCUUUAAAUAUUACAUCCAAGCCUUAGAGGAAUGUGAAUGCAAAUUUAUAGGAAUCCAUUGCGUCGAUUACGAAUCGUUUUUAAUGGGUCAAUGCAACUCUUGCCCCGGAAACGGAACUUGCGCUACUUUCGGAUUGGAACCACCCUCUGUAAAGACCAAGAACAAUAACUAUUAUAUUCUAACCAACGAGCAUACACCAUUUUGCAUGAUAUCUUAUACAGUGAACAUCACGUUGGAGGGUGGCGAGGUUAGCAAGGACGUGGAAGGUUACUUCGAAAUGAUCCUUAUAGAUGAUAACAGCAAAGUUACGAACGCCACCAACACUUUAUCCGGAGCAAUGAGGAAGAUGACAACAGGACAUUUCUACAAAUUCGUGUUCUACGCUUCCCUACCACCGAUCAACAAAGUUAAAGAAGCGAAAGUGCGUUGGAAUUACAACUCCAACAAGAUCUGCAUACUGUGCGAUAAAUCCAUCACCAUCAAGGACAUCUCCAUUAAACGAAUCGCAAUCAAACCUGAUCCAGCUCAUUGAUUCCAGUAUAAAGAUGAGCUUAAUCUGUCCAAUUCAUGAUAAAAUGGAGUUAAAGAAUGGGGAUUACAUGCA